AUGGCCGACGACACCGUCACCGACACCCCGGGGCCCAGACUCGCAUUUGAAAUGUACAAAAAGGAACUCGCCGCCGUCCCUGAGCCCAUUGGCAAGAUCCUCUCCGAGUAUUCGCACAUCCCUCCGGAAGCCCAAAACGAACACAUCGUGGCCGUGCGUGACAAGGCGUACGCUUCGCACCCCUACCCGUGCUUGGGCCGCUGGCGCUUCCUCCAACUCGACCUGUCCAGCCAUCCGCUCUACAACGACUACGUCGUGCCCGCUCUCGCCAAGGACAGUCCGAACCAAUGGCUCUACCUGGACCUGGGCUGCUGUCUCGCGCAGGACAUCCGCAAGCUGCUCUACGACGGCGCGGACCUGUCCCGCGUCUAUGGCGCGGAGCUGCGGCCCGAAUUCAUCAGCGCCGGCUACCAGCUCUUCCAGGACGAGGCGACGUUCCCGCAGAAGGAACACUUCGUCGCCCCCGCCGACGUGUUCGACUUCUCCCCCGAGAGCGAGCUGAGCAAGCGGUUUGAUGGCAAGAUCGGCAUCCUGCACUCCACGGCCGUGUUUCACCUGUUCACCUGGGACGAUCAGGUCUCCAUGGCCAAGCGCUGUCUCCAGCUGAUGACGCAGCACGACGGCCGCGUGUUGAUCUGCGGCGCGCAGAUAGGCAACGUCAAGCCCGGCGAGUAUCCCGCCAUGCGGGGCCAGGGGACCCGGUACCGGCACAACGAGGAGAGCUUGAAGAAAAUGUGGCACAAGGUCGUGCAGCAGAAACCCUGGAACGUCAAGGUCAAGGCCAUAGAGAUCGGGACCAGCAUGACCGGGCCAGCGGAACAGGAUAUGAGCCGGAUCAAGGAGGAGUUGGAGGCCGGGCAGAAACUUGAAGCUGACUUGGCGAAGCUGGGAGAGGGGAAGGAAGCUGAGGCCCGCAAGAAGCACCUUGGGCACUUUGAGCAAGGGCUCAGGUGGUUGCAGUGGUGGGUCUGGGUGGAUUUCGUGUAG